GGAGGAGGAGGAGGGAUGAGGCGCGCGGCGGAGGGGAAAUGGCUGCCGAAAACAAGCCGGAAGGACUGAAGAAGAUAAGAAAUCCAGAGCGAAUGGUCAGGAUUGCCGUCGGUUACACAGGACACACCCCUCCCAAGAGUGACGACACCGACGCCAACAAUGAGCCAGGCCAGUUGAAGAUCUACCUUCCAAAGAAGCUGCUAGAGUGUCUACCCAAAUGUUCCUCUCUGCCCAAGGAGCGCCAUCGCUGGAACACCAACGAGGAGAUUGCUGCAUAUCUCAUCACUUUUGAGAAACACGAUGAGUGGCUGACGACAUCGCCAAAAACCAGGCCUCAAAAUGGAUCUAUGAUCCUCUACAACCGUAAGAAGGUGAAGUACAGGAAAGAUGGCUACUGCUGGAAGAAAAGGAAAGACGGGAAGACCACCCGAGAGGAUCACAUGAAGCUCAAAGUCCAGGGAGUAGAGUGUCUGUAUGGCUGCUACGUCCACUCCUCCAUCAUCCCCACCUUCCAUCGUAGAUGCUAUUGGCUGCUGCAGAACCCAGACAUUGUGCUGGUGCACUACCUGAAUGUACCGGCAGUGGACGAUAGCGGGAAGCCAUGCGGUCCCGUCCUCUGCUCCAUCAACACAGACAGGAAGGAGUGGGCCAAGUGGAGCAAGGAGGAGCUCAUUGGACAACUAAAACCCAUGUGUGCUGGAAGCAGCCUGCAUCAGAAAUGUUCCAGUGUCAAGCAGCGCAUCAUCUCAUCCAAGCAGGAGUCAGGGGCAGCAGCAGGAGGUGGAGCUGCAGCGGGUACGGGUGUAGCGGCAGGCCAGAGGGCUGAGGAAGCAGAUGGCACAGAGGUCCAGAACAGCGAUGUGUCAGAGGGCCAGACAGAGCCCAGUCCUGGAGGGGGCAGGAGCAGAGCGGGCGGAGGAGAGAGGAGGAAUGGCAGGAUAACCAAACCCUCCCUACUCCCACAGAGCAGCAUGGAAGUGUCCUCAUCUACAUCCACCAACCAGGUGGAGGUCCCUGACACCACCCAGAGCUCCCCAUUGUCAAUCACCAGCGACAUGGCCGACAGCCCUGCUCUCGCCAUCGGGGCUGGCUUGUCACAGAGCACAGCUGUGUUUAUGUCUGAGGUCACCACACUGACUGGGGAUUCGGUUUACUCUGCUGGCCACACCCACCUGCUGGCAUCCACCCAUGAGAGCACCACCGCUGGCAUCCUGUUGGCUGUUGCACCUGAAAACCAGAGGUUUGCGUCGUUUCCUGGCGGUGUGGGCUUAGGGGAGGGAGGAGAGUUGGUCCUAUCCAGCUCCCUAGACUCCAGUGGAGGAGUCAGCCUUCCCGAGACCACCAUGACCUUUGACCCCGAUUGCUUCCUCAAUAACCCCAAGCAGGGCCAGACGUAUGGAGGAGGUGGAGGGAAGGCUGAGGGAUGUAACGGUGAUGAUGGAGGGCUCCACUGCUCCUCCAACGGCUUUGUCUACAACCCAGCCCUUGUCAACAACAUCAAGACAGAACCUGCACCCCUUGAGCCGCCGCUGGCCACGCAGAGCAGCUAUGUAGGAGAAGGGACAGGCCUCAGCCCCAGCACCACCCUGGAGCAGAUGGACUUCAGUGCUGUAAUGUCAUCAGCCUGUGUCCCGAGUCUGACCCAGCCCGCACACCACCCCUCUCCCAGCCUCUUCCUCCAGGCCUCCCCCCAGACGAGCCAGCCCUCUCAGCUGCAGACCAACGGCACUGAGACAACCCAGGAAACAGGCGAGGCCCAGGCUUACAUAGGCCUACCCACGGUGCCAACAGACACUCCGGUCACAAAUGGAGACCUGCACACACACCUCCACCAAGCCAGCCCAGAGCAGCAGGGCCUGUGUGGAAGGAAUGGACAAGGAGCGGGAGUGGGCUCUUUUCCUCUAACACCACAGGAUACGACCCACGACGAGUCAGGCAGCAGGGGACAUCGAGAGGUCGGGGGCUUAGACAAGACGUCUGAGAAUGGAGGGGAGUUGCUUCUCAAGCCUGGGGAUCCUCAUGAGGCCUACACGAGUGUUGACACCGAGCACUACUUGCAACCCACAGAUGACAAUGGAGGAGGAGAGGAGGGCGGAGGAGGUGGUGGAGGAGGAGGAGGAGGAGGGGGAGGGGGAGGGGGAGGUGGAGGAGGAGGGGAAAAUGAGAUUCUCUGUAAUGGUGUAAGCUUGUCAGGGGCCAGCAGUUCAGUGGUGGCCAGUCCUCAGUCAAUAGCUGCUGGUGCAAGCAUCGAGGGGGCGCUCUACAGCUCUCCUCUUCCUCAGCAAGGUGGGGGCGUGUCAGCUACAACAGCUGGGGCAGGAGCCAUCAGUCUGGAAGGCUUUGAGGCUUCCUUUGGGAGCCAGUUCUCUGAUCUCAUCAAUGAUUUCAUCUCAGUUGAGGGGUCUGGAGGUGGGGUAGGGGCCGCUGUGACUGGGGUUCUGAUGCCCCAGGAGGGGGCUGCAGGAGAGGAGCAGGGCACAGGAGCAGGCCACUUGCAGGGCUCCGACGUGGAACAGGGAGCUCUGGGACUGCUCCAAGAGACUGGGAGGCUGUUUGGUGUGACAGACUACUCCCCAGAGUGGUCUUAUCCAGAGGGUGGAGUAAAGGUGCUGAUCACAGGUCCCUGGUUGGAGUCGAGCAGUGAGUACAGCUGUCUCUUUGACCACAUCAGUGUCCCUGCUGCCCUCAUUCAGCCCGGGGUGCUGCGCUGCUACUGCCCAGCCCAUGACACAGGACUGGUGAUGCUGCAGGUAGCUAUGGGUGGUGAGGUCAUCUCUUCCUCUGUGGUGUUUGAAUACAAGGCGCGCGACCUUCCAGCCCUGCCAUCUUCUCAGCACGACUGGCUGUCCCUCGACGAUACCCAGUUCAGGAUGUCCAUCCUGGAGCGUCUGGAGCAGAUGGAACAGAGGAUGGCUGAGAUAACCAAUCAGAACCCCAGCUCAGAAACCAUGGCAACCAAGGGUGGAGGGGUGGAGGGAGGCGGAGCCACUGAUCAGCAGUCUCAAAUUUCUACCGAUCAGGGUUCGUUCGAGGGUCGUGUUGUGGUGGUGUGUGAGAAGAUGAUGUCUCAGCCGUGCUGGGCUUCAUCUAAUCAGCUUGUCCACAGUAAAAACUCCAGAGGAAUGACCUUACUGCAUCUGGCUGCAGCUCAGGGCUAUGCAGGGCUCAUUCAGACACUCAUUCGCUGGCGCACAAAGCAUGCUGACAGCAUUGACCUCGAGCUCGAAGUGGAUCCUCUCAACGUAGACCACUUCUCCUGUACUCCACUGAUGUGGGCCUGUGCUCUCGGCCACACUGAGGCAGCAUUGGUGCUUUACCAGUGGGACCCAAGAGCUCUGGCUAUUCCUGAUUCACUGGGACGCUUGCCGCUCAACAUAGCCCGAUCUCGGGGCCACACUCGAUUGGCUGAGCUCUUGGAGCAGCUGCAACAGACUCCUCAAGCUCAGGGACAGCCCGCUGACACUUGGAUGGACAGGUGGAGAGGCGAGUCACAGACCAGCGGAAUAAGCAACAGCCCUACCCCAAACCCUAACCCAGAGCUGAGGAGAACCAGGACAGAGAGCCAGCCAGAAAACCAGAACCCAAGCUGGAGCCAAACAGGACACAGAGCCCAACAGGGAACCCAGGGAGAACAGGGAGGGCCACCCCCAGCCAAGAGACUCAAACCCAACCCAGACACCCAGCAACAGCUAGCUAACUCAACCCCUGGCAACAACACCCUCACCUCCCUCCUCAACUCGUCUCCCAGUCCUAACCCUCAACGCUCUCUCCUCCCCAACACCCUACAAACUCAACCCUCCAACCUCAGCUGUCAGAACGCACCUCCUGCCAGCUCCAGCCCCAACCGGCCUCAGCUCCCCAGUGCUCCAUUCUCCCACCUGCAGGCCAGGAUAGGGGGGUCUGGAGGGGGCACCAGGUGGAGUCUGAGACAGAGUCUGGGGCAGCGUAGCCUAGCCAGGAGGAUUCUAGGAAAAGAACGACUGGCCAUUCACCUGCGCCAAAGAGUGCUGUCUGACAGGGGAGAGGAGACAGAGCUGCUGACCUAUCAGGAUAACACAGAGGACUUGCAGAUGGACAUUACGAUGCUAGCUGAUCACAUCAUGGAGGCCUCAACUGGUAGGCUUAAGCAGGAGGCUAUGGAGACUGAAACAGACUCCGGGAAGGUGGGGAUCAGCAGUGAUGUCAGGUUACUGUCUGGUUACCUCGGUGAGGUGGAGAGGUUUCUAAACUCCAAGUCCCAGACUCUUAGCCCCAAACCAAACUCUCUCUCAGGGCCUGAGGAUCAGCAGAGUCCUCAGGCUAAGCAAGUCCAACCCUCCCCCUUUGACUGGACCUCCUUCCUCUGUGCAGCUAUGAAAGAGGAGAGGUUGAAAACUGACUCCUGUCUAGCCAUGACUGAGGCAGAGCAGGGGGAGCUGUAUGAGACCAUCAGGCAUGCUCUGCACUCCCUCAGAAAACACAAGGGUCCCAUUCAGGAACAACGCAAAGAGAUUGCAGCAGUGAUUCAACGCUGCUAUAAGAGAUACAAGCAGUAUGCACUUUAUAAGAGGAUGACCCUGGCAGCCAUCCUGAUCCAGAGUCGUUUCCGCAGUUUCCAUGAGCAGAGGAAGUUCCAACAGAGUCGUAGAGCAGCGGUCCUCAUCCAGCAAUACUACCGCUCCUAUAGACACUCCCUUGGCAGCCUCCUCACAAAAAAACAGAGCCAGGCUGCUCGCAAGAUCCUGAGAUUCCUGCUCCGAUGCCGCCACAGGGCCAGAGAGCAGAGAAAGGCCAGGGGUCCUGAGAGCCCUCCGCCAGGCCCCACACACACCCCCCUCAGCCUGUGAGCAAUCUAUAAACCCUCCCUGCCUUCCAUCUUCUCCUUUUUCCUUUCUUCCAUCCUUCCAAAAGCUCCUUCCCUUUUCCAUUACCCAACCCCCUCCUCCUUCCCUUUCCACUCCUCUCCUCCCUCCCUCCUUCUCUCUCACCCUCUCUCCCCUCUUCUCUCAAGAGGGGGAAAAAAAAACUCUUCCCAGACAGACUGAGGACAGGAUAGGUGUCCAUCAUGGCAGCUCAGACAGACAGACUGCUGGGUAGAGCCCAGGGACCUGGCUCUGCCCACAGCACUGAUCCUCCUCCACAGUUUCACUGGGAGGCCAUCACAUUAACCUCAUGGCAUUCUUUGCACUCUUCAUGGGUAUGUUUCUUUGCAAGAGCAAGUCGGCGAGUCAGACGAGAGAACGCGAGGAGGAAGCGCCCGGCGAUGACAUCCGGCAGCGUCAGGACGUGCUGCGGCGACGGUGAACGGCUGGCUCAAGAUAAAAGCUACUUUGACAUGCAGAAGAUAUACAAAACCUUUUUGCGUUUUGUAUCCAAACAGUAAUCCAUGAAAGAAUAAGAAAACAUAAACCAAAAAACUCACUUCUAUGUUGCAUUUGCAUGCAAGGUUUUUUCGCUUAUUCCUCCUCUCCAUCAUCCCGAAGAGCUAUAGUGGCAAAUCAUUCUGCUGAUUCAAUAUCUCACAAUAUCACCAACCACUCUGACUCACAGGCUUAAUAAACCUAUUAAUCAGUCACCCAAUCAAAAGGGGAGGAACUGCACUUGAAUGUAAGAGGGGCAUUGUUAGCUAAGGGUUGGGGUCUGAAUUAACGAUGUCUUAAUUUGUUACAUGGACUUUGUAUGGAGUCGUUCUCAGAGGCAGCACUUUGCUCGCCUGACGUGGUGUGUCCGUGUUUGUUCAAUUCAAUGCAUGUGUUUGAGCUACGAGCUCCUGCAUGCUUGCCAAACUGCUUUAGUGUUGUUUCUUUUGUAUUUCUAUGUGUAGUUGUGUCUCACUUACGUCCUCAUCAACUUAUCCUUGCCCUGUGUAAUGUGAACUGUGUAAGGACAAAUGACUUAUUUUGGGUGCUUUUUUUAAAAAAAAAAAACUUUAUUUAUUUAAGGGUCUAAUUAUUUAUUUAAUUGGCUCAAGAGUGGUUCAGCUUGAGACUGGUUUUCCCCCCUUGUGUGGUAAAAUAUGACAUGUUCCAAUGGUUAAAUGUCUCUGUUAGUUUGUUCUUUGCGUGAACCUCUAAAUCCUAACUGUGGUUUUGAGGAGAGAGUCACAUACCAUUGCCUUGACUUCUUCUUGACUCUGAGAGGUCUCUAUGCUUGCUCUGUACAGGACAUGGGUCCUAUACCUGCCCCUAUACAGGGCAUUGGUCCCCAUAUUAGCCCAUACGGGCGAUCAAAUCCAUAUUUUGGACUAUUGCAUAUUCCUGUAUAUAAACUGACGAGGUAAGGGGAUACGAGGACCCUGAAACUUUUUCAUAAGAGGACUGUAUUUAAGAUUAUAAAUUAUUUUACUCCCAUAAUGAGAACUUAAGACAGAGACCUGGGUACACAGGAUGGCUGUAUUGCUUGUAAAUAAUGUAGAUAUUACAAAUGGAGUAAUGUGCAUGAGAUUUAAGACAAAGAAACGGCAAAAAGAACAUUUUAGUGGCUAUGGACUGUGAGAGGAUUUUAACUGCUUCACUUUAAGAGUAUCCAGUAUAAGUGUUACUGAAAAGAACAUUUUGUUAAAGCAUGCAACUGAAAACUCUAAUGUUAGAAUUAUAAGUGGGAAAAACAAAGUUAGCUGAAACAAUGAUCUUUCAGAACAAAACAUUUACACUUUGUGCUUUUGUUUCUUGGCUAGCAAAAAUUAAACCCUUUUUGCCAGUAGUGCCAAUUAUUAUGAAUGCUAUUUUGCCUAACAAUAUGUUACGUUGGGGAAACCAACACCCAAAAGAUAUCAGUAAGAUCCACAGAGGCAACAUACACACAUACACACACACACACACACACACACACAUACACACACAGACAAUAAACAGUAGAAGAGAUCUAGUAGUAGCUCAACCAUAGACAAGUUCUGAGGUUUGUUAAAUGUAGAUGAUGAUGAUGAUGAUGAUGCAAAAUGAUACUAAUGGUGAUGAAGAUGGUCGUUUUAAUAUGAAUGCAAUGAAUGAUGACCCAAAAUGGGAAGAGGGCGCUACAUUCUUUACAAUGUGGUUGUGCUUCAGCAACAUACUAGCUUUUAUUAUUGAGACCAUUAAUCACACCUACAGCGGAUCCAGCCUGGCCUCCAGUCAAAGCUUUCCAUCUUCAAACAGAAUGUCUCCCCCCCUCCCCCUGCUUUUUACAUAUCAUUUAAUUAUUUUCUUCUUCUCUCCUCAUUGUCACUGCCAUAAUGUACGACGUGUACUUUAGACUUCUGGAAAGCUCUGUUUAGAAAGUGCCUGCUCAAUAACAGAAAAGUGCAAGCUAAUAUCAGGAAAUAUCUAUUGUAUGUCCUCCAAAAAGUUGCCAGUUACCUGUUUAUUUUCCUAAAUUGUGUGUUUUGAAAAAAAAAAAAUGACAGUGUUAAACUUGAUCCGAGUCAAAGUUAGAAGCUCUAAUUUGUCAGUGGUAUGAAUGAAUGCUCAUGGCCUGAUUGAUGCUACGUGUUGCUUUACGAGACAAACCAGUAAUUACAGUAUCACUUUACGCCCCACUUGUGUGUCAGUUUUGCAGUAUUAGAACAAGAGAACUACAGACGUCAGCCUGUGUGUGUGAAAGGCACUGUCACGAGUCUAUUCACCAUCUCAGUGUCGCUGUUGGGAGGAAGUUCUCUUCCAGGGAAUCGCUUUGUCUGUCUUUCCUUAAAAAAACAAGCAGCAUUUAAAACGAAAGCAUAACCCAACAGUUAUACAGAGGACGAAAUAGCUGUCACUUUCUUUCUUUGUCUUUCACUCUGUCACACAGAUGUGCACACACACGUAAACACAUACAUACGCAGUCAUACACAAAUGUACACAAUCAGACACAUAAAAAAAUGACACACUCUUUCUCUCUGUGCUUAUGUCUUUGGGAACAAUUAAAUCUCUCCCUUAGAUUUUACUCAGGGUUGAAGAACAGGGAGAUGGUAUGUGGAGUGUGAUGACCGCCGACACAGAGUUGUACCAAGACUGUGUACAUUUGUGUACGCAUAUGUAUGUGUACAUAUUUGUGUAUGUGAGGGAUACUCCAGUUGUCUACAAAUUUUCAGAUCACGUUCUUGAUUGACGCGCUCCUUCUGAUAGUCUCAUUUUGUGAGGCAGCAAAAUGUGAUGUUUGCUUCAUCCGAGCUGUGUUUGCAUCGCUUUUUCUACAAGAAAAAAAAACUCCAAAUCCUGUAUUUUAUAGGAUUUUGUUUGAAUAUAAACUAAAUUGAAAGCAAGUAAAUAAGGGAUAUUUCUAUUUACAUACUUGUCUUAAACGCACAAGAUUCUUGAUACAGAUAAUUCUUAAAUAAAAAUAGGUAACGGCCACGUAUCACCUUUCUUAAUUAAAAAAAAAAAGAUAUAGUAUAUUAAAAGAGUUACAAUUGGACGAUCUCUAUUAUGUGUGCUUCACGUUUUCUGAAUUUUCAUCACGCUGAGAGACAGCCAUGGUUAGGACGGUGCUGUCAGGAGCAUUCAUGCUGCAGUAUCACUUGAACCUCCUCUUAAACUGCCCCUCCUCUCACAUCAGCACAACUCAAGUCACAAAGAACACCGCUUUGGACUCCUUUAUAUAUGAUAUGCACACAGAGACAGAUAUACACACACUCCCAACAUCCAAACGCUUGCGCUUGUCAACGCACACAAAUCUAGAAACACAGAUUGCAGAUGAUCCAUCAAUAUGUUCAUGUUUUUGGAGAGGACCGUGACUGUAAAAAGAGUAUAUAGAGUAGAAAAAAGUUAAAAUAAAAUAAAAAAAACUAAAUAAAGACAUAUUGCCAUAGUAGACAGCUGGUAGACAUGCGCAGAGACGGCCUCUGUUCUUAUAAGUCCGCCUAGAAAUGAAUGGUAUAACCUUUCAGGCCUUGUUUUGAGAGGGCGUGGCCAAACACCACAUUGCAUGCUAGAAUGGUAGACCCUUAUAGAUAAUCUAUGGCUAGACCUCUCCUUGCCUUCCUCUUCUUUCACCCUGUCUUCCCUCUCUCUCUCUUUCUCUCUCAUUCCUGCUGUAUUCCCACCUUGCCUGCCGUUGUGUUCUCCAUGCCUAUCUCAGUCUUUCAUUCCUCUUUUCUUUUUUUGUAGCCUAGUUUUUACUUUGUUUUACAAACGUGCAUGCACAAGCAUCACUAAAUUGUUGGUGUUUUUAAAAAGAAUAUUUUGUUGCUGAGGCCAUGCAAAGUGUUUUGAAUAUUGCCCUUAUAUGUGGAAAAUGUCUUCUGAAUGCUUUACAUAAUUUCUGCUGUAAAAUGAAAUCAGAAUAAAAAG